GAAGAGAAAGCUUCUUUUGCUUCCCAACUGUUUUUUCAAUACGCUUCGCCCCUCAUUCACAAGGCUUCGGAACGUCGAUUGGAAGCUGAAGAUUCAUUUGAAAUCUCCGAGUCACAGAAAAUGGAUCACGCUGUCUCGGGUCUGGCGUCAGUUUAUCGGGAGCUGAGGACUCGAUCGAAGACUCGUCAAGAGCAGAAAAAUGUGGACAAAGCCGAUCAUGGGACGGAAUCACAAUCACUGACAUUGACCAAAGCCUUGCUGUUGCAUCAAAGACGAAAUCUAAUUGUGACAGGGCUGUUGCGCCUUCUGAAUACGUCCAUUCAGGCAUUUCCGGCUGUUCUGGUCUCUCGUCUCCUCAAACUUAUCGAAGCCGGUGACACACACGCGCCUGCCAAGGCCCUCCAAGCUGCCGUCACUCUUGUCGCGGUACUUAGCAUCAAAAUGCUUGUGGAGAACCAGUACUUCCACAAGGUUGUUAAAUGCUCAACGCAAGUGCGCGGCUCAUUGGCGGGGCUGAUCUUUGACAAGAGUCUGCGACUGCCUGGUGGGGGCAGCGGUGUCACGCACAAGGAUGGCAACGGCGAAACGUCCGCUCUUGGUUCCGGAGGUGUCCUCAAUUUGAUGCAAUCCGACGCAAGUUUGAUUGAAAGUGCCGCCUUACAGUUUCAUACCACAUGGGAUGGCCCGCUGCAAAUUGCCAUUUACACAUACUUGCUGUACCAGUAUUUGGGGUCGUCUGUUUUCUGGGGGAUCAGUGUCUUAUUGGCCACAAUUCCGAUCAAUAGUGUCACAUUACGCAUCCUUAAUCGACUCGCCAAAUUUGAGAAUGAAGCCAAAGAUAGGCGCACCAAACGUACGGCCGAGUCUAUCAGCAACAUGAAGCUACUUAAACUUCAAGGCUGGGAGCAACGCUUUGCGGAUGACAUUCGUAUACAUCGGAAGGAAGAACUUUCCCGACACGUUUCCCGUGGUAUCGUUCGAGCUGUGAAUACGGCUGUUUCCAACGCUGUUCCAGCCUUGGUGUUGGUCGUAACGUUGACUGCCUACGCCAAGACUGGACGUCCAAUCGUGGCGAGUACCAUUUUUACAGCCAUUUCACUUUUCAAUCAACUACGAUUUCCACUAUUUUUUUAUCCAAUGCUCAUUGACUCUCUCGCGAAUGGCAAAAACGCAAUGCGACGCAUUUCGACGUAUUUGUCAUCCGAAGAAAUUACACCAUACGUGAAUUUUUUCCCGACUGUCGACGGUACGGGUGGCUCAAUUGAAAUGACAAAUGGUAACUUUCUGUGGUCGUCGACAAGGUCCAUAGAUGGAAAUACUACGUCAAUUUCUCCAGCCUUGUCCAACGUCAAACUAAAGGUAUACCCUGGAGAAGUAGUUGCAGUGGUUGGAACCGUUGGAAGCGGUAAAAGCGCACUCAUUAGGGGCUUACUUGGCGAACUGAAUCCAUCAGUCGGAGACGGCGUUCUUGACCGAGCAACAGUGAUUACGCACGGGAACGUCGCUUAUUGUUCGCAAGAAGCAUGGCUUCCGAAAGGCACGCUACGGGAUGCGAUUGUGUUUGGACGGGAGUAUGACAAAGAUCGAUACCGAGCUGCAAUUUAUGAUGCAGGGUUGGAUAAGGAUAUUGUGAAUGAUGCCAGCCUCGCGGAUUCGACGGAAGGUAUUUUGAGCCAUGACACCGAUGUAGGCGAAGGUGGAUCCUCUCUCUCCGGUGGACAGCGAGCGCGAGUGGCUCUGGCUCGGGCCUUGUACGCCGGUGACGAUACCAAGGUAUUUCUAUUGGACGAUUGCUUGUCAGCUUUGGACGCAAGUGUUGGCUCGAUGGUAUUUGAACGAAUCACUGCUCGAUUGCGAAAAACAAACGCCGCGACCGUUCUAGUCACCAAUGAUCCGUCAUUGCCAAGACGUUGUGAUAGAGUGUACUUAAUGGGCAAGAUUUCGAGUUUUGGCUCAUGCUCAACAAUAGUGGACAAUGGAAGCUACGAUGAUCUUCUAUCUCGCGGCCACAACCUGAGAAGUAUCUCAACUGUCGAAUCAAAUUUUGGAAUUGACAAAAAAAUUGAUUCACAGUCAGGCAGUCGUGUUCAUUCUGAUGCGGGAAGCGCUGUCGAUAAUAUGAUUGCUGCUCAACCGACAAGGGAGGAGAGGAGAACUCACGUAACCGGUGUUUUGGAGGAACCCACAAACGCAACAGAUAUUAAACAAUGGCGCCAUGCCGAUCCAGAGUGUUCUAUCGUUGGACCGGGUCAUUUCAAGGAUACCAGCGCUCUCGCAGACGACGAGCGUCCCUUGAUGUCCUCUAGUGUCACGAAGUUAACAUCAGCGGAUGAUUUCAUGUCAGCAGGAGCAGUUCCACGAUCCACAUAUGUAGCUUACUUCAAAUCGGUGAGGAAACCAAUUCUUGUUUUUGCUAUGAUUGCUUCCUAUUUAAUGGCAAAUGGCGCACAGUUUUACCAGCAAUAUACGGUUGCGAAAUGGACUGAGCUUUCUCAUGCCGAUGCCAUGGCGGCUGCUCUCGGAGCCAAGUAUCUGCGUUCCCUUGUGAAUGCUGCGGGCGUCGUUUCUGUCUUCUUAUGGUUCCGAAGCGUUUUUACUAUGCAAGUUGGUGUCCGUGCAUCAGAUUUCUUUCACUCUCGCAUGCUGUCGUCGGUUUUUUCGGCCCCAAUGUCGUUCUUUGACGCAACCCCUUCGGGUCAGAUUUUGUCCAGAUUUGGAAAAGAAAUUGAGACUGUGGAUCGAGGAGUGCCAGAUAGCAUUGGGUCAGUUCUUUUCUGUUUCCUACAAAUCUUUAUGUCAAUUGGUGCGCUAUCUGCUAUCAUAACGCCUGGAAUGCUUGGUCCUCUAGGUAUUGUUACAUAUAUGUAUAUCAAGACUAUGGCGAAAUUCCGCCCGGCAGCUCGAGACAUGAAACGAGCCGAAACAAAGACUCGGUCGCCAAUUUACACGCAAUUUGGCGAGGCACUUCGAGGUACAGAGACGAUCCGUUCUAUUCCAGGCGCGAAGCAGACUUGGUCCUCGAAGCAUCGCUCAUUGUCUGAUCAAAACCUUGGAGUAUUUUACACGGUGAAAUCCUUCGAUCGUUGGCUUUCAACCCGGUUGGAAUCACUUGGCAAUACAGUCGUCUUUACGGCAGCAGUUGCCUCAGUCUUCUUAACUCGCGCUGGCCGGAUGGAAGCUGGAUCAGCAGGCUGGGGUCUCACGCAGGCUCUUGCAAUUACCGGUCUACUGACAUGGGCGGUCCGCUGCUUGACAGAUCUAGAGACUAGUAUGAUGAGUGUCAUGAGAGUCAAAGAGCUGACAGAUUUGGACAGAGACGAAGUUGAUGUACCCGGGCAAACCAAUGUCCUCUUGAAAGAUGGAUGGCCCUGGAAGGGCAAUGUUAUUUUUCGAAAUGUUUCAAUGAAGUACAAUCCGUCAUCGCCACUUGUUCUUCGUUCUGUAACGGUCGCAAUACCGGCAGGAACGACACUCGGGGUGGUCGGACGAACGGGAUCAGGAAAGAGUUCCCUUCUUUUAACUUUGUUCCGACUAGCUGAGAUAGAGAGUAACGGCUCAAUUGAAAUUGAUGGUGUGGAUAUUCGAUCAGUCAGUUUGGAAACGCUGCGAAGUUCGCUUGCGAUAAUUCCUCAGGAUCCUGUUCUAUUUGCUGGUAGUAUAUCAUAUAAUCUGGAUGCCAGUGGUAACGCAGAGCCGUCAGAAAUGUGGAAUGCCUUAAAGGCUGCCUCGCCAAGUCUCGCACGCCAAUUUAUGUCGACAGGUGGUCUCGAGUCCCCAAUUUCAGAAGGUGGAAAAAAUUUAAGCCUAGGACAACGACAGCUCAUCUGCCUAGCACGGGCCUUGCUCCGGCAAAGUAAGAUUCUCGUCUUGGACGAGGCUACCAGCAGCGUGGAUUCGAAAACAGACCAAGACGUCCAGGAGACCAUCCGUCGAGAAUUCGUUGAGAAGGGCGUGACAGUAAUCACCGUAGCUCAUCGUUUGGAUACGGUGCUGGGUUACGACAAGAUUGCUGUACUUGGAGCGGGAAGAAUGCUAGAAUAUGGAGCACCAAACGAGCUUUUGCAGAAAACCAGCGGCGAGCUUCGACGCUUGGUCGAUGCUGAUAGACUCAGCAAAGAAAAAGGUUCCAAGCAACAAGCAUCAACUAACAAUAAGGUCCCGGCGGGGCUUAUGUAAAGGGAGAUAAUACAAAAAAAUUUCGAAAUAC